AUGCUUGUUACAUCUCCAAGAUUGGACUGUGUCUUUAUAUUAAUUCUUCAUUUCUACUUUGCCCUGGGCUGUAAGGAAACGAAAUUUAAGACCGAAUUCAGUGUUCCUGGAGAUUACAUCAUAGGGGGCUUAUUCCCCUUCCAUAAAGCGGAUGCAUCAAUGUCCACUAUUCCUCUGGUUGACAACUGUGAUAGAACCUCAUUCAAUUCUCACGGUUAUCAUUUGCUCCAAGCAAUGAGAUUCGCCAUUGAAGAAAUCAAUAAUUCCAGCUUUCUUCUCCCCAAAAUCACACUGGGGUACGAGCUGUAUGACAUCUGCUCAGAUUCUGCCAACAUAUACGGGACACUGAAGAUCCUCUCCCAGUGUACGACAAGCUAUAUAAAGAUGAAAAACAACUUUACCGACUAUGAUAUGAAAGCCAUUGCAUUAGUUGGACCGUCCAGCAGUAGUUUUGCUUUUGUCACAGCAAGUAUAUUAGGAAAAUUUCUUGUACCACAGAUAAGUUACUCGGCCUCCAAUGAGUUGCUCAGCCGUAAGCAGAUAUACCCAUCCUUCCUUCGCACGAUUCCCAGCGACAAACUACAAGUGGAAGUCAUCUUGAACUUGCUGCAGAGAUUUAAGUGGACAUGGAUAGCCAUAGUGGGCAGUGAUGAUGUCUAUGGCAGGCAGGGCUUACAAGACUUAUAUUAUUUGGUAACAAACAAUGGCAUUUGUGUAGCUUACCAAGGGUUAAUUCCGUACAGCACAGACAGGACUAGUGUUAAAAAGAUGAUUGCUAGCAUAGUGCAGGCCCGGGUCCGAUUAACUGUGGUUUUCUCUGCCUAUUUCAAUGCCAGGAUAUUUUUUGAGGAAGUGGUUAAUGCCAAAAUGACGGAUUAUGUCUGGAUUGGCAGCGAGAGCUGGUCUGUGGACUCACAGAUUGCUGGUCUGCCAAAUAUCCAGAGCAUUGGCUCAAUCCUGGGGGUGUCAGUGGGUCAGGAUCUAUUUUCCAAAACUUUGUGUCGGGACUGUCAGUCAUUCAGUGUGCAGAACAUGUCCAUCCCCAGCCAGUUCGCUAUGUCAGCUUCUUUUAAUGUGUAUUCUGCUGUCUACGCCCUGGCCCAUGGCUUGCAUGGCUUACUGGAUUGUAAAUCUGGACAAUGCAGAAAUGAGACAGUUUAUCCUUGGCAGCUCUUGGAAUAUGUCAAGAAGGUGAAUUUCACUCUCUACAAUCAGUCCAUCUAUUUUGACAGUAACGGGGACCCAUCCACCGGCUAUGACAUAGUGAUGUGGUCUUGGAAUGAAGUUAUCCCGUCCUUCAAGAUCAUUGGUUCAUACAGUAAAGUUGCAGGAAGUCUUAAAUUGAAUGAAGAGCUUAAAUGGCACACCAAGGAUAACUCUGUUCCCGAAUCAAUUUGUUCAAAAGAAUGUGCAAAGGGAGAAAGACGAGUGCAGACUGCAUCUCAUUCCUGCUGUUUCGAUUGUAUCCCUUGCCCGAAAAUGACAUUUGUCAACCAAAGCGAUCUCUACACCUGCCAGCCAUGCGGAUCCAGUCAGUGGUCACCCAUGAGGAGUGAGAUCUGCUACAAUCGAACCUUACAAUAUCUUCCAUGGACUGAUCCAUUGUCACUUGCCCUUCUGUCAAUCGUUACUUUGUUGCUAUUACUAAUAGCCGCAAUCACCGUUAUAUUCAUUAUGAACCUAAAUACCCCAGUAGUGAAGUCAGCAGGAGGGAAGAUGUGUUUGCUGAUGUUAUGGUCCCUGAUGUCCUCCUGUUGCACCCUAUAUUGUUAUUUCGGUAGGCCACAGGUGGUUACAUGUAUGGUACGACAACCUGUUUUCUCUGUCAGCUUUACCAUUUGCUUUUCUUGCAUUGUAGUGCAUUCCUUCCAGAUAGUCUGUAUUUUCAAAAUGGCUACCCAUAUGCCCAGAGUGUAUGACAUGUGGGUAAAGAAGAAUGGCUCGGAUAUCUUUAUUGUGGUCAGUACUGCUGGUCAGAUCCUGAUUUGUGUCAUCUGGAUGGUGCUGAAGCCACCUUUACCCAUUGAAGAUUAUGCCACGUUCCCCGAGCAGAUCAUACUGAAGUGCUCAGAGACGGUCUCUGUGGGCUCCGUGGCUCAGAUUGUUUACAUCGGCCUCCUGAGUAUGCUGUGCUUUGCCUUCUGCUACAUGGGGAAAGAUUUACCAGAUAAUUACAAUGAGGCAAAAUGCAUCUCAUUCAGUUUAUUGGUGUAUUUCUUCUCCUGGAUUGCAUUCUUCACCACCUAUAUCAUCUACCAGGGGAAGUACAUAGUGGCCGUCAACGUUGCUGCUGUAUUAGUCAGUGUGAUGGGGAUUCUUAUCGGUUACUUUACUCCAAAAUGCUACGUUAUUCUCUUUAGACCAGAACUCAACACCACAGAGCAUUUCCAGAUGGCCAUUCAGAACUACACAAAGAAACAGUCUGCUACUGACUAA